UAGACGCUACCGGCGAGUAGCCUCCCUUGGGGCGGAAUGGGCCGGAUGUUGAUGAAACCGUUUGAUUCCUUACACCAUGGGGAUUGGUGAAGUGGAGAUCAAGUAUGUGAGAGAGAAGUUUGAAAAGAAAUAUGCAGAACAUGUUGCAGGAGGACUGUAUGACCAGCGAGAUAUUGACAGGUUUCGAACAGACGAUGUAUUUGUGCGCACUUAUAUCCGAGGACCCACUCGUCUGGAUGAAGGGGUGGACCUUGUGCAUGAGUCUUUCCGUUUCAGAAAAGAGAUGGAGGUGAAUGACAUCAAAGCCACUGAUUUUGAACAGUUGAUAUGGGACAGAAAAGCAGUAUUUGUCCACAAUCAUGACAGGACAGGACACAAGAUAUUGUUUAUUCGAAUCAAGGAGCAUAAAAGGGAUGCUAGUUUGUUACCGAGUGCAAAGAGAUUCUACUUGUUUUGGCUGGAAAGGGCUUUUCAGGAAGCACCCCUUGAAAGGAUUGUUUCAAUCUUUGACAUGACUGAGUGUGGUGUGAGUAACUUGGAUAUGGAACUAACUCGUUUUGUCCUGAACUGCUAUAAAUUUUAUUACCCUACUAUUCUUGAGAAGUUGCUGAUUUAUGAAAUGCCAUGGGUCUUUAAUGCGGCAUGGCGCAUCAUUAAGACAUGGCUGAGUGCAGAGGCCAUCUCUAAAAUCAAGUUUGUCACAAAGUUAGACAUUCAAGACUACAUUGCAGCCGAUCAGCUUCCUGAGCAUAUGGGUGGCACAGAUAAAUUUGAUACUGUGCACUACUGCUGUCUUGAAUCUGGAGUUAAUAGUGCAGCCUCUACCCCAGAUAGUGCAUCAAUUACCUUUGAGAAAAAGCGGGUCACGUUCUCAGACUCCUGUCCCAGCACUCUGUUCCACAGUUUUAGUAGCGAGAAGAUGGAGGUCAAUGCCAACAACAAUGCUGGUGGGGCUGAGGACAAAGCCAGACAGAAUGCACCAUGUUUCAACAUGGAGAACUCAUUCACUGGACGUCUGCUGACCAUCAGUCCAGCAGAGGAACUUAUAUUUUCAAGUAACUCCAGUGGACGAGAUUGCUUUGAUGUCAUCACACUUAGCAACACUUUGCCUUAUCUCAUUGCCUUCAAGAUCAAAACCACGUCACCUGAAAAGUAUCGAGUACGACCAAGCACAGGUGUGGUGAAGCCAGGAGAAGCAUAUGAGGUGUAUGUGUAUUUGCAGACAGGUUUUUUGAGCUCUGUGUCUAAAGAUAAAUUUCUAGUGAUGGCCAUGGAGGUGACAGGAGAUGAAUAUGAUAUAUCAUUGUGGAAAACUGUUCCCAAGGAUUCUAUCAUGGAACACAGAUUGAAAUGUGCUACUGUAGCGAACCACAACGAAAGUCAGGCUGUUAACUUCAGGGUAUCAGUCAAUGAUCAAAAACCUUCUUUAGCUAAUCCUUCUAAUGCUUCUCAAGACCCUGCUGUUCUUGCUAGGAGGCCCCAUGCUGUUCGUGUAUGCUGGCGUGAACUUGUCUGCGAGUUGGAAAUGCUGAUUGAGAGCAACAAUCAACUGCGUCGUCGCAUGAGCUGGCUCAUCAUAUCUCAGAUCAUCUUUUUCUCCUCACCAUCCUCUUCCUUGCAGCCUUUUUGUGCUUUGGCGAUGACCUUUUCUCUUCAUACUUCUCUUUCCUUUCGGCUACUGCGUCUCUUCCUCCUGGGGGAUACGAUGUUGAUGACAGAGUGAAGCAGAAGGUGGAGACUGUCAGGGGUCCACAGAUGAUCAAAGUAUAUAAUUUACCUGCAACAUUCGCUGCAGGUGUGAGAAAUCUUGGGUGGGGUUCUGAAAACUUUGUGCAACAAAUUGCCUUUAAAAUGAUUUAUGUAUGUGAGAUUGUUCCCAGAAAAUACAGGUAUUAUUUCCAGACGGCAUGAGAGCUGAGUGUUUUGUAAUCUGAGGUAAUUAAUGUCUGCUUAGUGUGUCCAGGGUUAUUUUUGUCUCAAAAAGCCUUUUGAAAUAAUUUGCCAGUGUCUAAAUUGUGAUCAGGGAGUGUUGAACAGCACAUGCUACAUAAAUUAGUCUGGGCUUUGUGUGUGUUUUUAUUUCUUAGAGGAUUUCUUGAAAGUGUUAAAAAUUAUGAGGUGAAAGUCAGUCAUUAUGUUCUUGAUGUCUUCAGAUUUUGCAUAUUUUAAAAUUUAUUGAUAGUUUAUUGUUUUGAAUCUUUACUUUUUUAUCAGUUUUACUUUGAUAUCUUCUUCAUGAGCGACAGGUUUGAAGGGUCAUUUAGGUAGACAUAAUACUUCUUAAAUGCUUUCUGCUUCUGUUUUAUAAAUAUUAUUCAAGCCUUUAAGUUGUAUUUGCUGAUAGUUUGCUUACUUUUGUUCGCCUAACUUUUGCUGUCAGAUGCUGUGCUACCAUCCAUUUUCCCACUAGGUUAGUUUCAGUUGAUUGCUUUUGUUCUUUAUUAAGAUAUUACAUGCACAGUGAAUACACUUGGAUUUUGUGCACCUUACAAGGCUAUUAUUAUUUUCAUUACGAGAUAAUUCUGCUUUCUUCCUCAUUUGCCUUUGACAUUAGAAGUUUGGAAGAGAACCUUUUCAUCUCAUUUCUGUUUUCUUUCAUUCAGUUUUGUAAUCUCACUUUUUUUUUUUUAUUUUAAAAUCUUUUCAAAUAAUGUUUUUGAAACUUUUGAAAUAAUAUAUUGAACAGUGUGUUUUGUUUGUUAUUUUUGUCUGGUCAUGCUUACAUGUGUAUGUAAUAUACAAGUGAAUGAGUUCACCACACAUCUUUCUUCCAUAUUACAACACAUAAUUAAGUCCUGAGUUCAGAGCUUAUUGUGGCGCACACGUUAUAGAGAUAUGUGGGGAUGUGAAGCUUGUUGCAAAGCUGACCAGUGGUGGAUUUUUUUCCUCAAACUGUUGAAGAUCCAAGAGUGAAAAUCUGCAGGAGGUUUGCAGUUAAAAGCUUUUAAUGGGUUUUCCAUUUUUAAAGAAUUAAAGUUUUUGACAGAUCAAAGCACUGGAGUGAUUUAUCGGCACAUUAUUUUGUUAUCCCCUAUGUUUAAGUUAUAUAAUAAAGCCUUCAGGCCAAGUUUUAUUUUUGGAGAAAUUAGUGCAUCAUCUUAUAUUGCAGAUUCUAUAGACUUUUUACCUUUGCAUGUUAGAUUAGCUCUUGAAAGGUAGUGUGUGUGUUAAGAAAAAUGCUUUCUCACUAUAAUUUAUGAGACAACAAAAUUUUCAAAUUAAGAAUCUGCUUGUGAACUGAAAAUUUCCACAGGUUGCAGUGGAUAAUUAACAGGAUAUUUUGUACAGCCAUACUAUAAAUCCAGCUGUCUUCCACUGUUUACUGAAAUAAUAAAUUUUUUCAGAUAUGUGGGGCAGUGAAUUUUAUAUUUGUAUUUUGUUUGAAGUCUAGUCAUGAUAUGUGUAUAUGAUGCUUAUAACUUUUAUGAAUAGACUCUUAGAUAUGCUUUCCUUUGUCCAUGCUUUUGUAUUUUAUUGUGUGGUAGAUAAUAUCUAAAUCUGUGAUCAGUUGCUUUUGUUGUUUAAACUAUGACAUGAUAAAAUGCAGUUUAUGAUAGUCACACAAAUAAACUUCAUUAUUAUAGGAUAAAAGUGCAAUGAGGUGUUUCUUUGUUUGUUGCUUUACAUCACUUUUAGCUGGUAUCCUAAAUGUUUUAAUAUUUAGUGGUCUUUAGCAUGCCGUUACAUGUGAAAUGUGCUUGAGACAUAGAAAUGUUUGCACAUUUGGGAUAUUCAUGAAGUGUUUUCAAAAUGUGUAUCCUAGCUUAAACAAGAAAAUAAUGUUAUUUUAAGUGGCAGAAGCAUGGCAGGGCUUUUUUGAACCAUUGUUAGUCUGUUCCAGAAUAGCAAUGUCAAAUCAAAUUUUGUGUAAAAGCUCAUUUUUUUAUGCAAGUGAUUUAAAGUAAAAAAGAGCUGCAGACAGGACAUAGUUUGAAAGUGCCAUUAUGUUAAUGUGUACCCAUUUUUAAUUAUGAUGUAAAAGGAUGUAGAUUUUUUUUUUAAAAAAAAGAGAGAAAUCAAACACAUCAAGAGGACAAUUUUAUGUAAAUUAAUUUGACAGUAUUAUUUCUGAAAGGAUGCACUUGCAUUUUCUGUCUGGAAGAUGUUUGUGAAUGUCAAGGUGCCUGACAAUUCUGUCACAUCUUUCAUUGUUUCUUAAAAAUAUAGUCACCUAGUCUGCAUAUGCAUUUCAACCUCCACUUAUUUUGAGUGCAUGAAUGGCAGAAACUUAUCAGCAGAACUGUAAUAUAUGACAGCCAGUAGUGAUUGUGCAUACUACAGUGAAAAUCACUGGUGAUGUAAUAUUUGUGCUAAGCAGGUGUUUUUAUCAGGUAUUCUAAAUGUCAUAUGUCACAUGCAGAUGGAGGUGGGAAUUGGGGGCUAAUGCAGGCAAUGUGUACAUCUGAAGUGUAUCUACCAUCGCUAACACUCCCUUUCCAACAAAACAUCUGUAAAAGCAAGAAAACAAAAAAAAAACAAAAAACAAAACUGAUAUUUGUUACAUCUUUGUCCUGAUUAUUUUCUUUUGAAGAAUUAUUCAACUGUUUUAUAGUAAGUUUCUGUAACUUUUUAUCUCUAGGUUUUUUUGUUUGUUAUGUCAAGGCGAUCUAAAGUCUAUGUUGGAUUACCAAAAUGUUAUUUGGUUACUACAAUGGAUCCUUAGAUUAUGCAUAGGAAACAUUGCAGUUGUGUAUCAUUCCAAGGUCACAAUUACGAUUUUUGUGAAUUUGUAUUGUUUAAUUUUGUUGAUGCAUGAAAGGUAAAUCUGGUUGCACAGCAUACAUAGAUAAAUUUGUUUUCAAACAUGCAGUCUUAAAAGAAAUUAUUCAAACCAUGAUACAAGUAGAGUUUUAUAGCCUUUUUCUCCCCAGUGAUAACAUUUUAUGUAACAGAAAUGCAUCCACACACUUAAGUAUCCAAACUUUAAUGUUUGGAGUCAGAGAGCAAAAGCAAAGACCUAUAUUACUGUCUGCUUAUAAUAAUAUCAGGCUGUUACCAGCAGAUGUGUACAUAAUAAAAAAAAUUCUGAGUAUAGCACAUCACUAGAACUGAAUCUGUUUAAAGAAAUUUUCCUUGCACAAUAAGCUAAAAGCAUUAAUUUACCAUAAUUUAUAUUUAAAAAAAUGGGCCUGUAAUGAACAUUUUUGAGAUAAAGGACAAUCAUAUUGGCCACCUCAUUUUCUGCAGGCAACAAACUUGAACAAUGCUGUCAAUUAAACUAUGGUCCCUAAUCAUAGUAAUAGUCAAGCACUGAAUGCUCUUAAGGAGCACAAGAAGCCAUAGCCAUUCUAAACAUGUUCUGCUCAAGUAUUUUCCACAUUCAACAAAGUAAGAAAAAGGUUAAAGAAAAUAAUUUAAAAAAAAAGCCUUUCAACAAGUGUCAAAUACCAACAAUGUAUCAUCUAAAAGAAGAGUGUAAGAGAAAUCUUUUUUUUGGGAAAAAACCACACACACAUUAAAUUACAGAAAUCAUCCAACUUGAAACUAGCAAAGCACUCCUUGCGCUUGAACUAUUCUUUGACCAUUCAACCACACUAUUAAUAUCUAAUUUAAUAUCUAAUAAAGCCUUUGAAAUAGGAUAUAGGUGUUCAAAAAAUAUCACAUGAACAUCACACUGGAAUAUUUUUUGCACAUUAUGCAUGCACGUCCAUCUGCUUUACCACAGAUGCAAAAUGUCUUUGCAGGCCGGGAAGAUCAUACACAAUGACAAAGUGAUAGUGAAGUUUAGUUUCUGCAAAACUUGUCCUGCUACAGUCAUAAAUGACGUCCUCUGCAAACUACUUUUGGCUCCACACACAACAACAACAAAAGAAAACAACCAAACCCUAACACCUUAAGAUUUUUUAAAAACUUGGAGAUAUGUUAUUAAGGAAACAUGUUUCUUACAUGUUAAAAACUGAAUGGAGUAAGAAUUGACUAGAUCAAAAUGACCAUCAGAACUGUUUUUAGGGAUAUAAAUCAGACAUUAUUUUACUACAAAAUAAUCUGAACAGGUAGGAUGUAGUGGAGGUGGAUUCAACCAGAUCCCCUCAAGAGUGCUUUCAACAACUGAAAAAGUUGGGAAUGCCAAGAUGGAAAUAAAAUGCAUCAUCACAAAAGAGAAGUAUUUUUUUUUUAACAGCUAGAGUAACACAAUAAGCAAAAGAACAAAAAAUAAUUUGUGACCAACUGAUGCAUUUGUAAAGAUUCUUUGAAAAUUGAAAACACUUGCUGUAUAUUCUGGAGUAACUGUUUCUCUUCCCUGAGGAAUCAUGGUGCAAUAAAAUUAAUGGCUUA